ACGCGUAGUUGACGAACAGCUGGUCGACAGGGAUGGACGAUGGACGACGUUUCGGAGUAGCGCGUUGCGGCCGUGGCGCUUGAGAUCGGCGAUCGAUGACGUUGCGAAACGUUGCUGCCCUUCGAUCGAGAAUCGCGGGAUCGCCGUGGCACUUUCUGAUCCAAAACGGCGCCGCGCUGCAGCAGCGACCGAUGGGCAGUCGAUAGAGAAGCGAUUUCGGAGCCUCCAAACAGCCUAUGUCGCGGAUGUUUUGCUUCUCGGGCACCUAACCUACUUCACGGACACGAGGCUCGGGCGUCGAGCGAUAACCCGCUCUCGGCGUGUGUGAACGCGCGCGCCUGUCCUGGCCACGCGCAAUAUCGCCGCGCUAUCGCCGUGAUACGUGAUACGAUGACUUCAUCGCUCGGCGCGGGCACUUCCUCGUUCCUUUGUCAGUACCGCCCGUGACGCCCGCGUGCCCCAAACGUAAUCUACGAUUCUACGAACACAUAUUCCGUCGCAGCGACGCGGACGCGGACGCGGCCACGAGGACAUCUCUGGAGGCACGACGCGACUCCGGGGUUGAUCCUCCUCGAUCUCCCGACGCGCGACCCGGCCGCGAAGAUGCUCCAGCGACGAGAUCGCCGCAGAAGACGUGUUCUCGCUGUGACGUAUCGUGGCAAUAGCACGCAAGAUGAACUCGCUGCUGAAAAUGUCCAUAAUAGGCAACAAGAGGAACCUCCUGGUCCGGGACUCCCUCCAGAAACAGCUCAACACGAGCGUCAUGGAGAUGCAGAGCGCCCCGGGGGUCGCCGACGACGACGUUGUCGGCAUGUGCGACGAGACCAUGACCCUCUGCUCCGUCCUCGAAGCUAUAUUUCUCCACGGCUUGAAGGACAGCCUGCUGAAUCGAGUGACCGAAGCUCUCAGCGGCCCCGAUUUGGACGCUAUGCCGCAGCCAAGCUUCUGGGGUCCGCUCUUGGUGUUUUCGCAUCGUCAGAUUAUAGAUCAAAUACAGGCGUUGAGUCAAGUCACCACGGAAGUCGGAUAUUGUCGAGCGUGGAUACGUCUGGCGCUCAACGAGGGUCUGUUAGCUAGCUACUUUUGCGCCAUAAGGAGGGACACGUCAGCCCUAAAGCCGUACUACACGCGUUCAGCCUAUAUCAGGGAUGUAGACCUCGUGGAAGUCGCGCAGAGAUUAAUAGAAAACCUAGAGUAUGUACGAUUCGAGUUAGCUUGCAACAGUAGCCUCUUGAACUUCUGGUCCACCACUCCUCUGCUUAUAGCUGGCAUCUGGUCCCCCCCAAUGAAGUCUUGUCCUGUAUUUAGCGCGGUAGAUAUAGCGAAAACGAUAAACAGCGAGUCGACCGAUAAUUUUGAUGAGGUAGAAACUGCAAGUUCCAUCGGUAGUUCUAUCGGAAUAGGAUCCUUCACUUCCUCGCAGUCUAUGUUUAAUAACGUAACGUCUAUCACGGAGGACGAGGCGCUGAAAAUUAUUCUGGCUAAAGAAAAAUCUAAUAGCGGCGUGCAAGGAAAUAAUCCCGCUCGACAGUUGUCCAGCACGUUUGUAGACGCUGUAAUAAAGAACCCAGAAGAAGAAGAAGAAGAGCGAGAGGUCAGGGAGGUACAACAGAUGUCAAAUGGCAAUGCAGAAAAUAAGAAUACAGAUAAUACCGCUGCUGAUACGGAGGACCCGUUGUUACAAGAUGCUUUGAAAGAAAACCAAGUCGCUAAUGAUGCCACCGCGGCCACUGUGGGAAAUUCAUUAAUAGGAAAAUUAGGAUGGUCAACGUCCUUCGAAGAUUGCCAAUCUUCUUUAACUUCACCUGUGAUAUCCCACGGAUCAGGGGUAGACGUACCUCGUACACCCGGCGAUGGUCCUACGUACGAUGCGCUCAUUCAAAGUUACCAAACGGCUGGAAAUAGUACGGUAUCAGAUUUGAAAGAGUUUCUAAAGAAAUAUCCAAAGAAAGAAACUGUUGAGGAAGGAUCUAAUAAGGCUCAGCCGGAGCCAAAGGCUGUGGUAAAUUUCGAUGAGCAGUUAGGUAAUAUUCCAAGGGAAAAAGGCUUAGAUGUGCAAAAUUACAGUUGUCUCGAUUGUGGUUACGCGAUUGGCAUGACCUUUUCUAAAGCGCACGUGUGCGCGUACUCGGGCGCGUACUACUGUUCAAAGUGCAUGGCGGAGGGGCAAUAUCUCAUACCGUCGCGUAUAAUUCAUAACUGGGACUUGAAACAAUACUCCGUUAGCCGAAAAGCCGCUGCGUAUCUGGAAGGCAAGCCGGCCCUGAUGGAUCUAAAGAUCUUAAAUCCGAGAAUCUACAUGGCCGUAGAUACUAUGGCACACGUGCACGCGUUACGGAUUCAGUUGAACCUGUUGCGAGCGUAUCUAUUUACGUGUCGCGAACCCAUUAUUGAAUCUCUGCAGAAGAAGGUUGCGCCGAGAGAUUAUUUGUACGAACAUGUUCACCAAUAUUCCGUUUCCGACCUUCUCGACAUACCCAAUGGAAUUCUCGCGCAGCAACUGCAAAAGGUUGUUGAAUUCGCGAGGAAUCAUGUAAUAACGUGUUGGCUCUGUAGUCAGAAAGGCUUUAUAUGCGAAGUGUGUAACGACACAAAAGUCAUUUAUCCUUUUGAUAUGGAGUCUACAUUUCGGUGUGGGGCGUGCAACGCCGUAUUUCACGCGGAUUGUUCAAACGCUAGUAAACCGUGUCCGAAGUGCGAACGCAGACGUAAACGAAUGGAUAUGCCUCUUUUGGAUAUGGAUUGUACAGAUCUACCGAACAGCAGUGUAUCGUCGUCUCCGAUUGAUAUGAAUUAAUUGAUAUUAAUGUAUAUCAUUGGUUUGUUAAUAUUGACAAUAUUUUAUCAUGCUUUAAUGUUUUUAUACAGUAUUGUUUGUGUAAUUUGCAUUCCGGAAAAUUAACUCUUUUAAACACGCGAUAAGUCGCGAUAUCUCCAAUCUUGUCGCCCGUAUAUAUUUUCUUAUGUAUCAUGUAAAUAUCUGUAUCAUGUUGCGCGUAAAGAUGUAUGGAAGUACAUAUUUUUUGUCAGUUCUUCAAAUACAAUAAUAUAUUGUUGCAAACUUA